GUUGUGCAUUUAAUUGAAAAAAAUGAAAAUUUAUUUGUGGGCAUUCAUCAUUUCCUUGGCCAUCAUUCAAGUAAUAGUGUUUGGGAAAGAAAUGAAUUCAAAUACGUGUUGUAAGAUCGGAGCAGAAGGUCAAGCCAAGUACGAUGAGAAGGUGCAGCAAUUAAUGCAACAAUGUAUUCAAGAGCUGGACCUUGCUAAUCAAACAGAAGAUAAGCAACGUGAAGGUUUUGUUUGUGUCGUUGAAUGCGUGGGCAGAAAAGUAAAUGUUAUUGACGCCAAUAAGAACUUGAUUGAGAAAGGACUGAGAAAUUUCGUAAUCAAUGAAAUGGCUUUAGAGCCGUAUCAAAAAGUCGUAGCCGAACAAACGAUAAAGAAAUGUACCGAAGAGUUGAAAACACCAUCACCGGAGACCAAUGGCUGCAGUCACAUUGUAUUGAGAGCAAGUUCUUGUGUUGAAGCCGAGUUAUUCAAAUCCUGUCCAGCAGAUAAACAAGACACGUCCGAUGAAUGCGUUAAACUACGCCAAGAGAUCAACAGUGGCAAAGAUAGUUAAAUUCCACAUUAAAAUCACUGAAAAAAAAACAUCUGUUUGAAAUCUGACACUUUAUUGUUCAAGAAAGUUAAAGCACAAAUUGAAUAAAAUGGGAAAGCAAGUGCAA